AUGAAAAUCCGUCAAGUCCCACCUGACGGAACAACCCCCCGUCCUGCGCACUUCAGGCGACUUACCACUCAAGAGCUUGAACGGGUGAAUCGCCGCCUCGACGAGGUCGAUUCGAAAGUUCAUCGCGCCACCAGCUCAGCUCCGGAAUUGACGAAAGCACUCGCCGACACCCGAAGAAGCCCGCUCACCCGCAGGCUCCGCCAGAUUGAGCUACACGAAAGAGUUCGACUCAAAAUCGACUCUUACACCGGCGAAGAAGACCCCAAGAAGUGGCUAACCGCGUUCAACCUCGCCAUGAGGAGGGAGAAAUACAAAUCUUACGAUGAAAGGGAGGCCAACUACUGUCAAGUAUUCGUCGAGCACAUGGCGAAAGAUGCCUUGACCUGGUUCUCUAACCUCCCCGCCGAGUCGAUCGAUAACUUCGACGACCUAACCAAUGCUUUUCUGAAGCAUUACUCCAUGCACAUGACCCGAAUCACUCGGAACAUCUCGCGACACUGGCGACAUGCCGAUAGCGUCCCGCUAGAAGCACUCCGCAACGGCCUCUGGUACGACUCCAAGUUCAAGGAGGAUUUGUCACUAAAACCCCCUGCGACUCUGGAGGACGCGUUCCACCGCUCUCGGAACUACAUCUUCCUCGAGGAAGACCAGCGCUUCUACGCCGAGAAACAUGGAGAUAGGAGGGCAACCUCGACGAAACCCAGAGAGGAACCCAUGGAGGCGCGAAGAAGACACGAUCCGAAGAGGUCUCUCCUCACAGCGUUCGCAGCACGACGACCGAGCAAGAACACGCAGCGGCCGUUUCGAUGCCACAAGACAUCAACUCGCUCGGAGAUGACAACGAUACCAAAGCUUUCUGCAAGUUCCACGGGAGGACUGGCCACGCCACUGAAAACUGCAAACACCUAA